CUGCGUCGUGACGUGUGCGUCAUUUCCAUGACAACCGCCGAGGCUUCGCAUUCGCGCGACAACAACGAAACAUGGACGACGAUCAGAGCGCGGAAGAGACGGCGUUCGUUGUGGAUGAAGUGAGCAGCAUCGUGAAGGAGUCUCUGGAAGCAGUGAUCGGCAGAAACCCGUACGAGCACAAGCGUGUGAACCAGUGGAUGUCCAGCGUGGUGGAGCAGAGCCUCGGGCAGCUCAGCAAACUGAGCAAACCCUUCAAAUACAUCGUCACAUGUAUUAUAAUGCAGAAAAACGGUGCAGGACUGCAGUCGGCUUCGUCAUGUUUCUGGGACAAUACUACAGAUGGCAGCUGCUCGGUCCGAUGGGAAAACAAACACCUGUACUGCAUCGUCAGUGUGUUCGGACUCGCCAUCUAGAGUCACAUCAAACACACA